UGUCGAAGUAUCAGACGAAGAAUACGACGGCAUUGCCAAAGGCUUUGCGUGAGGAGCUGGCUGCCCUGGGUGAUGGCGAAACCACCACGUACAAGAAGCAGAAGAAGACUGCCGUCGCGUAUGCUUCAAGGAAGGAACAGAGAAAGCAGGAUCGUUUAAACGCAAAGGGUCCGAGGCGACCGCCACCGAAGGCCUCCACCGCCGCCGCGAGCUCAAAGUUGACCAAUGUGCCGCCGUUGAAGUCCAUCCUGAAGAAGCCGGUAACAGCACCCGUCGAGGCUCCGGCACCGAAGAAGCAGAAGCCAAAAAAGACCAGGGAGGUCGCGCCGCCGAAGACUCCACUUGAACGUGCGUUGGAGGAGAACGAUGAGGAGAUUGCAUACUUCGAAAAACUCUUGAGGAAAAAGUCCAGUGAUAGGAUCGGCGAGGAGGAUUUCGAUAUGCUUUUGGAGGGUAUUACAACCGCGAACCGGGGCAUGAAGCGGAAGAGGGAUGAGCCUGCGUCUGCGCCCGAGGAGGAGGAGGAGGAGGAAGAAGAGGACUUUGACGAGGAGGAUGACGAUGAAGAAGAAUCGGGAGACGAGGACGAGCUGGAUGGGCUGGAAGAAUUUGAUGAUCUCGGAGGUGAGGAGGAGGAGGAUCCAACAAAGCCAGCCAUCGACAAUCCCGCACUUGCCCCAGCGGCUGCUCCAGCCAAGUACAUCCCUCCUUCACAGCGAAGAUUAAUGGGACAACAAUCUGACGCAAAAACCGAAGAACUCACCCGGCUGCGCCGCGUAGUCAACGGUCACUUUAACAAGUUAUCCGAAGCCAAUAUGGGUUCCAUCAUCAACGAAUUCCAGGCUUUAUACACAGCUCAUCCCCGUCACGACGUCAACCAGAGCAUCACCGACCUCAUACUGGCCAUCAUCACUUCGCGUGAUACCCUACUCGAUACCUUCGUCAUUCUUCAUGCUGGUUUCAUCGCUGCGUUGUACCGCGUGCAGGGUAUUGAGUUUGGUGCGUUCUUCGUACAGACCUUGGUCGAGAUGUAUGACAAGCACCAUGCCACGGCCAUGCAGACGGUCAGCACGGACGGUAACCCGAGUGGUGGACAAGGUGGUAAGGCUUGUACUAACCUCAUCGUUUUGUUGACGGAGUUGUAUAACUUGCAAGUGGUGGGUUGCACGCUCAUUUACGACUUCAUCCGUGUUUUCCUCGGUGACUUGAAUGAGCUCAACACCGAGUUGUUGCUCAAGAUCGUCAGGAAUUCAGGUCAGCAGUUGAGAUCGGACGAUCCCACGGCCUUGAAGGACAUUGUCUUGAUGAUGCAGUCCUCCAUCAACAAGAUGGACAAGGACAAGAUUAACACGCGUACCAAGUUCAUGAUUGAGACCAUCACGAACUUGAAAAACAAUAAAUUGAAGACUGCAAAUGCGACAUCACAGCUUACUGCAGAAGCUACGUCACGUAUGAAGAAGUUCUUGGGAGGACUGGUUACCUACAAGACUGCCAAGUCCGUUGAUCCUUUGCGUGUUACGCUUGAGGAUAUUCACGACGUUGAGACGAAGGGAAAAUGGUGGCUUGUCGGUGCUUCAUGGAAGGACGAUGGAACGGCAGGAGGAAAAUUGAAUAAGAACGUGGCUGUGAACGCUGUCAAAGACGUGGACGAGGGUCAGCAAGCCACUGCAGAGUUAUUGAAACUGGCAAGAGAGCAAAGAAUGAACACUGACAUUCGUCGUGCUAUUUUCAUCACGCUGAUGUCGGCCGAGGAUUACGUGGAUGCUUGCGACAAGCUCAUGAAGCUCGCCCUGAAGAAGGUACAAGAGCGUGAGAUCCCGCGUGUGCUGUUGCACUGCGCGGGAAACGAGAAGGCGUACAACCCGUACUACACAUUCAUCGCAGCACGCCUCUGUGCUCAGCACCAUGGGAUCAAGAUGACAUUCCAGUUCUGCCUGUGGGAUUUCUUCAGGAGCAUGGGAGAGCAGGAUAUGGGUGCGGAGGAUGCGGAUGACUUUGAGCAGGUGGAGGACGUGCCCUUGAGGAAGGUUGUCAACCUUGCUAAGCUGUACGGUCAGAUCGUUGCUGAGAAGGCCAUUGGUAUUUCCAUCUUGAAGACGCUGAACUUCGUUGAAUUGCAGAGCAACACCAAGAUCUUCUUGCAGAUAUUCUUCUGCACGUUGAUCCUGCAUACCCAGCGUGGUGCGCCGAGGAGGAAACCACAAGCAGUGAUGGAUAUUUUUGUCAAGUGCAAGGAGAACUUGACGUUCGCUCAGGGUCUGGAGUUCUUCUUGAAGAAGCACAUGAAGAAGGUGUCGGUUCUCACGGACGAGAAGGAGAAGGAAACCGUGAAAUGGGGGGCUGCGAUCGCACAGGACAUGCUCUCGGUCAUGACCAGGCAGGUUUAGGAAAGAUAGUGCAAUGAUUAACCAGAAUCUAUUAUGAACUUUCCAUCAAGAAGCGUAACUUUUAACCGUACAAAAUAUACAUGAACGCCAUCCGUCCGUCCUCAAGC